AUGUCUCGAAACUCACCCCCAAUCAUAUCAACCCCCAGCUUCUUUCUAAAUGAUCCGCUUGAUGUAAGCCAGGAGACCAUAAUCGAAGAAGGGAUACUAGCUCCGGCAGACGAUUCUCUUGCGUUCUCGGCAGAUACAUCAGCUGCCGGGGGUGCCAUGGCCGUGUCUUCGGCCGCCAAGACGGAAAAGAAGAGGCGUAGACCGGCCCUAGCAUCCUCGCGAACCAAGAAAGGCGCUGCGGACUCAUCUUCACAUGUGCCGGGGAGAUCAGCCCCUGUCGUUGACCUGUCCCGAAAAACAACCCCUUCGGAUUCUUCUGCAAAAAGACAAUCUUCCAGCAUUCCAAGCUCUACAGUAGGGUCAAACUCGGAAACUUCAACUGUUGAUGCGUUGGCUGCUAGGGUCAAGGAGCUUGAGCAGAAGCUUGCCGAGUCAUGUCACAUCACCCAGCCAGGAGAAGAUAUAUUGAUUCAACACGAUGACCAGGAGGCGGAUCCGGCUCCAAUGAAGGGUACUGUCUCCAAGACGAGAUUUUUCGGCCAGAGCCACUGGAUGAAUGGUAUUGUCAUGUUUCCUAAUGUCCUCGAUGUGCUCAAGUUGCCAAAUGAACGAAACAAGGAACCUCAUCUGGUAUUCGCUAAAUGUAAAACCUUAGCUCGCAUCAUUAAAUCACAUCGCCUGAAGCCUAUUUCAACAGAUAAGCUGGGAUAUACCAUUCCCGAACGUGGACUUGCAGAUCAGCUUGUCAACGCCUACUUCGCCACAUUUGAGGGCGCCCUCCGGAUUCUGCAUGGCCCUACAUUCUGGGCAGAGUAUGAACGUUACUGGCAGAAUCCCGAAGCUGCUAGCCAAGUGUUUGUGAUGCAGCUCCAGACUUGCAUGGCAAUUGGAGCAACAGUCCACGAUGAUGUCUUCAGCUUGCGCUCUGCUGCCACGCAAUGGAUCCAUGAGGUACAGAUCUGGCUCCAGUUACCGCCGGAAAAGAGCAGGAUGACGAUCGCUGGUAUUCAGAUCAUGUGCAUGCUGAGUCUUGCAAAGGGUUGUUGCGGAGUUGGCCAGGAGCUUACCUGGGUCACUGCAGGAGCUCUAGUCAGGCAAGCUAUGUACAUGGGCCUGCAUCGGGAUCCCAAACAUCUUGCCAACAUGUCUGAAUACCGCUCCGAGAUCCGUAGACGGCUAUGGAUAACUAUUCUCGAACUCAACUUGCAAUCUUCCUACGACGCUGGAGGCCCACCUUUGCUUUCCUCUAAGCACUACGAUACACGGCUCCCAGCCAAUCUUAACGAUAACGAACUGUCCGAUGAACCGGAUGCUGAAAGACAACCAACUGGCGACCCUGGGGCUCUGACUGAUAUGUCGGUUCAGCUUGCCCUUCAAAAGUCUUACGCGCUUCGCUUGGUCAUUAUCAAACACGUCAACGAAUUUCGAUCCAAAGAGUCCUACACCGAAACACUACGUCUGAACUCUGAACUUACAAAAGCAUGUCGCACCCUCACCGAGACGCUUGCUGCUCUAUCCCAAGCCCAAAGGCAUCAACCGCGCAUUAUUUUCACGCAAUUCCACAGUGCUCUGGUCCAGAUGUUUACAUACCGCUGUUUUCUGUCUCUUCAUCAGCCUAUGGUAGCUCGCUCCAACGACGACCCAACCUAUUAUUACUCUCGCAAAGUAUCACUCGACUCUUCGCUCAAGCUCGCGCAACUAUGUACCCUUUCAACACCACGCUAUGGAACGUACCCCCCUGGUGGUUCGAAUGACCCUGCGACAAGCCUCAAUCGUUUGAUCACAAACGGCUCAGGGCUUUUUCGUGUGGUGCCCACUCUAACGCUCUUUUCUGUGGCACUCGAGUUUAUUAAGAAGUGUGAAGAGCAACGCGAUAGUCUUGGUGGCCUUCCGACUAUGGGUUAUGGAGAACUUCGCUCUGUUCUCAACGCUGCUCAAAUAUGGUAUGAGCGAAGAGUGCUCGCAGGAGAGACAAACGUUAAAGGAUACUGCUUCGUUGGUGCUUCUAUAGCACUUGCUGAUGCUAUGGAGCUGGGGUUGUCGCAGGAAGAUAUUGACCAGACUGUCAUUGACGCUGGGGCACGUAUGGGCAACAAAAGUUACGAGCUGCUGAAACAGGCUGCCGAACGUGAAGGGAUACCAGUUGUGGAACCUGAAGACGAGGAGGUGAUACAAAUUGAUGUGCCGCUCCUUGACGGCGAUGCCAUGCAAGGUAUCAUGGAUAUUCCAUUGGACUGGAUGGUGAUGGGUGAUCUGGGUUUAGACGGAAUGGGUGGAUUCAAUUGGGCCAGAGGUAAUAUGCCUCAAGAGUUUGAAUCUGUUGACCCAUCGGUCGUUUCACAAUUCUAG